AUGAAGCUUGACGUGUGGGAUGUGGCGCUGCUGGCGGUGAUUUUUCUUCAUUUGUGGUAUUCUCCGUUUACUAAAGUCGAAGAAAGCUUCACCAUUCAGGCGAUUCAUGACAUUUUGAAAUAUGGAAUUCGUGACAUUUCAAAGUAUGACCACCUACAAUUCCCAGGCGUUGUCCCUAGGACAUUCAUAGGGCCGCUUAUCAUUGCUUUCCUCGCGAAACCUCUCGUUGCGGGCUCUGAACUGCUUUUUGGAAGUGACUCGGGACCUUCCAGUGGGCUAAGAACUCAGCUGCUAGUUCGAGGUGUCAUUGGGUUUACCAAUGGUCUGAGCCUAGUAUUUCUCAAGCACCAAGUGCAGGCACUAUUUGACCGAAGAAAUGAUGUUGCGCAGACCAAGAAAGAACAGGACGUAUCGGAGACACCAACUAAUUCUUAUGUCGGGACCCUCUUCGCACUUUUUAGCACCACUCAAUUUCACCUCAUGUUUUACAGCUCCCGUCCGCUGCCUAACUUUGUCAUUGCCCUUCCAGUGGCUAAUUGCGCAUUCGCGUUGAUUAUGGCGCAUAGAUUUGGCUCAGCAAUUGCACUUCUCGGUUUUGCCAGCGUGGUUUUUCGUCUUGAAAUGACAGCCCUGACAGCAGGAAUUGCAUUGUCCGUGCUUUGGUUUAAGAAGGCAUCUUUGGUCCGUGUGAUUGAGUUUGGUGCACUUGGGGUCAUGUCGGGCGCCGCUCUAUCGAUCUUUGUUGAUUCCCAUUUUUGGCGAUACUCAACUUUUCCUGAAGCAGAUUCCUUUUUGUUCAACGUGGUGGCCGGCAAAUCUGUUGAGUGGGGGUCUACGCCGUUUUAUUCUUACGUUACAAGUUCCCUUCCAUCGCUGUUUCUUCCACCCACAGCGCUGCUUUUGAACUUUAUUGGCUUGAGAGCAGCUCCUCAGGAAGUUAAAAUCGUAGCACAAGCUGCCUACUUCCAUAUCUUAAUCCUGUCUUUCCAGCCUCACAAAGAAUGGAGAUUUAUUAUUUACGCGGUACCUGCUAUUACGCUCGUUGCUAGUUGCGGGGCUUCUCGCAUCUUUCAGAUGAAGGGCUUUAAAGAAGCAAAUUUGUUAAAAGCCGUCAUAUUGAUCUCCUCUGUUGUAUCCUUGGUUAUAAGCGUUGCGUUUUCCUUCAUUUCGUCUAUGAACUACCCUGGAGGCGAGGCUCUGCAACAGUUCAAUGAGUAUGCUUCUCGCAGAAAUGUCAGCAAUACAGUAGUUCAUCUCGAUGUACCAGUGUGCAUGACGGGUGCUACGUUAUUUGGGCAACUAGAAGAUGCCCAUAAUAUUACCUAUGACAAGACGGAGGAUCUGGGUUCUUUGAGAAAGAACUGGGAUUCGUAUGACUUCUUAAUUACAUCAAUUCCGGACCCUUUCGAUUUUCCGGUAGAAAGCAAUGACCAAUGGGAGCUCCUCCAUAGCACGAAAGCAUUUUCCGGCAUCAAUAUCCUUCAAUUGUCGAUUGUUCUAGAGAGUGAGCUUCGAGACAACUUCCCCACGCUAAAAAUGCUUGUGUAUACGCGUAGCCUUGCGCCUGUUGUUGAUGCCAUCAAAGGAGCCAUUACAACGGACACCAUUUUCACCUACAAGAGAAGCGGAUCCAAGUUCAAUACCUAA